AUGAAUCCAUUGAUUCUGUACUCCAUUAUCUUUGCUAUUUUUGUGGCUGCUGUCGGUGCUGCGUAUGCUAGUGGAGUUCUCGAUCCUGUUAUCGGAGAAAUCGCAAAAUAUAUGCUUAAGGCGAAGGCCGAAGCUGAGGUCCAGGGUCUAAAGGCCCAAGGAUUACAAGAAGGGCAGGAUUUCCUUCGAGAGGAAGUUCCGGGCAGCCAGCAGGCCGCUGAGAUUGGAGACAAAUUUGGGCUGUAG